ACAGGCGCCUUCUCGCCUUCGUCACGUGACGCGGGAGCAGCGCGGCCUCGGCGGCCGCCAUGUUGUGCGGCCCCGGGCCGGGCCGGGGAUGGCGGGGGCCGGGAGUAACUGGCUGUCCGGUGUUAACGUGGUGCUGGUGAUGGCCUACGGCAGCCUGGUCUUCGUGCUGCUCUUCAUCUUCGUCAAACGCCAGAUCAUGCGCUUCGCCAUGAAGUCGCGCCGGGGCCCCCACGUCCCCGUGGGGCAGCACGCGCCCAAGGAUUUGAAGGAAGAAAUCGACAUUCGGCUGUCGCGGGUGCAGGACAUCAGGUACGAGCCGCGGCUGUUGGCGGAGGACGACAGUCGGCUCCUGCAGCUGGAGGCACCAGGCUGCUGUAACUACCUGUACCGGAUGAAGGCGCUGGAUGCCAUCAGGACGUCCGAAAUCCCGUUUCACGCCGACGGCCGCUACCCCAAGUCUUUAAUCGGGAAGAAUUUCUGUGCGUACCUGCUGGAGCUGCGCAAUUCCAGCGGCUCCUUCAAGGGCGUCCGCAAGGCGCUGAUCGACGCGCUGCUGGACGGCUACGAGAGCGCCCGCUACGGCACCGGGGUUUUCGGGAAGCCGGAAUAUCUGAAGUACCAGGAGGCCCUGAACGAGCUGGCCAAUGUCACCAAGACGCGCGGCGCCGGCAGCCAGCGGCAGCACCAGUCGGCGGCCAAGGACCUCACCCCCUGCCCCGACGUCCCCAAUCCCGCCACCAUCCAGGUCACCUACCUGCCUUCCAGCCAGAAGAGCAAACGUGCCAAACACUUUCUGGAGCUCAAGAGCUUCAAGGACAACUACAACACGCUGGAGAGCACCCUGUGAGGAGCCGGCGCGCUCCCGUGUCCCUCGGCGGAGGAGCCGCGUGGGCUGGCGCCCUGUGAACAGACUGAUCAGCUUUAGCUUAUUUAUAGAACAGAAGACACGGAUCGCAGCCAGCGCUCCUCCGUCUGUCCGUCCCGUCCGCUCGUCCCAUCGUUCCGGAGGGCGAACGCUCUUUGUUUUCCCCGUCGCGGGACGGGGUGUAAAUAGUUUGGUGCCCGUUUCUCGGCCGCCUCUUGGGCUGCGGUUUCUACUCCUAUUUAUGAUUUUCUCCCGCACUGGGGCGUUUGGGGACACGCGGGGCGGCCGGAUCCCCGCUGGGACUGUCCGUCUGUCCUGCCGGGGGUCUCCUCCCGCUCUCACCGGGGGCCGGAGCUCGUGGUCCCCAACGUGUGGCCGUGUCCGUCCCCGCGGCGCGUGCCGGGGGGGACCUGCCCCUCCGCGCUGUUUUUAAUUCAUUGCUGUUUAAUAAAUGACGGUGACCCCUC